CUGAAAUCCGGCCAUUUGUACGAGCUGACUGCGGCGUAGCGCACGACCGAUCCUCUACCCCAUCUUCCGAAGAUUUUCAUGUCCAUCUUGCCCACCGAAGCCCAAGGAUUCUCAUCGUCUUCUUACCCUCAACCCCAGUCCCCAAACACUAACGCUAAUCAUGGCAACCCCCUCUCUCCCCACCCUCACUCUCCCCUCUCUCAGUCUCCUCCUUCCCUCUCCGGCCAGGUUCCAGGACCAGUGGCUCCAACUGCAGAAGGUUCAGGUGGAUCUUCCCAAAAGGUGAGACAGUCGGCAUCCUCAAAUGGUAAGAAAUUUGGAUCCUCUAAAUCAAGAGGGAAUAUAUCUGGAGCAACUGUUCCUUCGCGGAGUCAGCGAGGUACUGGGUCGACAGAUUCUCAAACAAGCUCCAUGCAGCCAACGGGAAGGAAAUCUCAAGCUAUUAGUGGGAACCAUCUGUUGAACUUUCAUUAUGACCCUAUUACUCGGUCUCAUCCUCGGCCACCUCCUCCCAGGAGAGCACAGAAGAUAAAGCCCUACAACAGAGAUCUAUUUCUUCAGGCAAAUUACAAGUUUGUUGUACUUGAAUCUGAAAAUUAUUCGCCUGAGUCAAUGGAUCCAGACAAGAUGUUACAGUGGGAGGACAUAAUCUGUGUGAAGUAUUCCACUACUUCGAUGGUGCAAUGUCCAAUUUGUUUGGAGUAUCCUUUAUGCCCGCAAAUAACCUCAUGCGGCCAUAUCUUUUGCUUCCCAUGCAUCCUUCAGUAUCUGUUGAUGGGUGAGGACUCCCAUAAAGGUGAAUGCUUCAAAAGGUGCCCUUUAUGUUUUGUCAUGAUAAGCCGAAAGGAUUUAUAUACUCUCUCCAUCGAGAUUGUCAAGCAGUACUCUGUUGGUGAUUCGAUAGAAUUUAUGCUUUUAACUCGUCAGAAGGAUUCUUUUGCCCCGACUCCGAAAAGUAAGGAUGGAACUUCUCCAGAACAUAAAGUGGAUGAGAAUGACAUGUUUUCAAAAUUCACAUUCACAUCAGACGUAGAUCUCUCUGCCAGAAGAGCAAUAGCUGAUCUUGAUGGUUGGUUGGCUAGGGCAGAGUCGGGGUUAGUCGAUGACAUAGAAAAGCUUCCAUAUGUCUCUGCUGCGAUGGAAGUACUUGAGAAGAGGAAGAAGUAUUGGAAUGAGCACCGAAUUUCUGAUGGAAAUAAGUCUUGUAAAUAUUUCUCUUCUCAGACAGAAUGCCAUGUACUUCCUUUAGGAGGAGGUGCCGAUAAUACUGAAGAGUGUGAGUUAAAAAGUCGAAUGCUGUCCACCAAUGGCAAUGAUCUGAACAAGAUGAGGGAGUCUAGGCAAGAUAGAUCUGAGCUUGCAUCUUCUGUGGAUCAUAUAAGUGAUGCUGGUCAAUCUAUGGGACAGAAAGAUCCAAGUCUUCCAUCUAAUGGUGAUAGUCAAAUAUCUGAAAGACGCGCGAGUGGCCCUGGAGAUACGAAGGAAAAUGACUCAUACAAUUUCUACCAGGCUGUUGAUGGUCAAAAUAUUAUCCUUCACCCAUUGAACAUGAAGUGCCUUCUGCACCAUUAUGGAAGCUAUGACAUGCUCCCGCACAGAAUAAGUGGAAGGAUUUUAGAGAUGGAGACAGUUACUCAGUCGGAGGCCAUUCGAAAACGCUACCGUUAUCUCAGUCAUUUCUCUCUAACGACAACAUUUCAGCUUUGUGAAAUUGACUUGAGUGAGCUACUACCUAGCGAAGCUCUGCUUCCAUUUGUUGAUGAGAUCAAGAAGCGUGAAAAGCAGCGGAAGCAACUCGCAAAGAAGGAAAGAAGGGAAAAAAUAAAGGCUGAAGCGGCUGCUGAAAUUCCCAUGUCUAUACAAUUUGAUGUUGGACAGUCCUCACGUGUUAGCCCCUCCACAUAUUCUAUGGAUGACUUUCAAGCUUUGGGAGGGGCUUCUGUUUUGUCCACUAGCCCUCCAGUUGUUGGGGAGAGGACAACAUUCUCGAACGUGACGAGGCUUGGGUACGCUGCGGGACACGAUUCUCCUGCCUUGAAGAAUGAGGAAGAUUCUUCCCGGAAUGAAGGCAAUGUGAAAGUUGAAUCUACUGGGUCAAACGGUUCGAGGGGUCAGAGCACGCCCUCAUUUGCCAACAUGAUGUCUAGGGCUAGAACAGUGGAAACCUUGGAAGGAUCUAAGAAAAGGACCGAGAUGGGGAAGAAGGGCAAGAAAUCGACUCAGGUCCUACUGUCAACAGCUGGUGGGCGGCGCUACUGAGAGUCUUGAGGUCUGAGCUGCUGGACUGGUCUCUUUACGUGCUUGUUCUAUUCGAGUGCGUCGUCCCGAUUAGGCAUAGUAAUAAUAAGAAUGUUGUGCUAUAUGAAUUGGAAUCCGCCUAUGUACUUGGUUGUAGAAUUAAUGGAAUCUAGAAAGUUGAUUUUGAUGUUCUUUGCUUGUUCUAUUUACUUGGUUUUUACUUUCUCAGAGUGCCAAUGGAUUGAUCUUAUUGCAACUUAACUUUCUUUAUCUGCAAUGGCAUACACUUAGAUCUUCGAUUAUAA